UAGGCUUUACGCAGUCUUCAUUUCUACAAUUGUUCUGGAAUCCUGGAGAGGAUUCCCGAUUUUUCUUUCUGGUCUGCUAUUUAUAUCUCUCUAUCUUCUCAUCACAAGCUUUCAUCUUUAUAGCACCACUUUUGUUAAAUUAUUGGUUUUCAAAAGAACUCAAUCUUAAAUAGUGUUCCUAGGUUUAGUACUCGUGCAGCAGCAGUUGUUAUGGCGAAAGACGGACCCAACUGGGAAGGAUUGCUUAAAUGGAGUCUCGCUCACUCCGACGGGACUGGCUCAACUCGCAAUCUCAGUGAGGACGAUCGAAGAUGGUUUAUGGAAGCUAUGCAAUCACAGAGUGUUGAUGUGAUUAAGAGAAUGAAGGAGAUAACUCUUGUCAUGCAAGCACCAGAGCAAGUCUUGGAGGCUCAAGGAGUUACUCCUGCUGAUAUUGAAGAUAUGUUGGAUGAACUACAAGAACAUGUAGAGUCUAUUGAUAUGGCUAAUGAUCUUCAUUCAAUUGGUGGUUUGGUUCCUCUCCUUGGUUAUCUGAAGAAUUCCCAUGCCAACAUUCGAGCAAAAGCUGCUGAGGUUGUAACCACCAUUGUCCAGAAUAAUCCCCGGAGCCAGCAAUUGGUUAUGGAAGCAAAUGGCUUCGAGCCUCUUCUUUCUAAUUUCACAUCAGAUCCAGACAUGGCUGUUCGAACCAAAGCACUUGGUGCAAUAUCCUCUUUAAUUCGUCACAACAAGCCAGGUAUUGCUGCAUUUCGUCUGGCGAAUGGUUAUGCAGGCUUGAGAGAUGCUUUGGGUUCUGAAAAUGUGAGAUUCCAAAGGAAAGCUCUCAACUUGAUCCAUUACCUACUACAUGAGAAUAGUUCAGAUUGCAGCAUAGUAAAUGAGCUAGGAUUCCCACGGAUGAUGUUGCACCUUGCAUCAAGUGAAGAUGCUGAGGUGCGAGAGGCUGCCCUUAGGGGCCUCCUUGAGAUUGCUCGAGAUGAGGCAGGUGGGAAUGGUGGUAGAUUUGGUGAAGAGGAUGAGAAAUUGAAGCAACUGCUAGAAGAACGGAUUAAGGGUAUCAGCUUGAUGUCAGCUGAGGAUCUUGGGGCAGCCAGAGAGGAGAGGCACCUUGUAGACUCUCUCUGGAAUGCCUGCUAUAAUGAACCAUCAUCUCUACGUGAGAAGGGACUGCUUGUUCUACCCGGAGAAGAUUCCUUACCACCUGAUGUUGCCAGCAAGCAUUUUGAACCUCCUCUUCGAGCUUGGGCUGCAAAUCCGGAUUCUAAUAAAAAUUCCAGUUCUGCUGAAAAGAAACAAACUCCUUUGUUAUUGGGGUUGGGUCCUCCACCGGAGGCUGCAAAUGCCCAAGGGACUUCAAAUGCUAAAGUUAAUAUUGAUGAGCAAAAUACUACCUCCGGAUGAAUUGCUAAUGUAGCUCUGGCGAUCCUCUGCCUGUAUUUUGUACUGUAUAUCUUAGAUUUUGUAGUGGCUUUUUGCGUGUUUGAAAUUCAUUUUUUGAUAUUGCAGUUAUAUUUGUUGGGUUUUUGAUUGAGUUUUAGCAAUUCUCACUAA